AUGGUGUUCAUUGUGUCCUUCUUCCUGCUUUAUAUGUCGUCAAGUAGUCUCGCUUCAGUCGUCAUAGACAUUGUUGGAGAGUCAAUGUGCCCGGACACAACACGUUUCUUCAUGACACAGCUGAUGCCUGUCUAUCGCAAAUAUCGAUCUGAUAUCAAAAUCAACUAUCACCCAUUCGGGCCAACCGCCUAUACCUUCUGCAGUAUGGGCAGAAACGGAAUGAGAUGCAGUUGCCAACACGGACCAGAGGAAUGUAGUAAAAAUGCACUCCAGGCAUGCCUUCUACAGUUCUACCCAGAUAAUGCUUUAGAGACCGUGGCUUGUGUUCAAGGUAAUAGCGACUUCCAAGAGGCUUAUUCUGAAUGUAUUGAAGGAAAAUUCAGUGGGAAGGACAGCGAUAGGCUUCUCAAAUGUGCUACUACUUCGAUUGGCUUCACUCUCGUAGCAGCACACGGCGCCGCGAUUGCGCGAGAAAUUUCGGACGAUAUCUCUUGGGUUCCAUGGAUAUCUAUCAAAGGACAACGAAUCAUCGAGGCCGAAACCAAUCUGGAGGAAGUGCUCUGUAAAAAGUAUUUACGGGUUUCUCAAUGUAAUAAUUAUUACUAG